AUGCUUCGGCACGAAUUGGGCAAUCUAGCACUGGCGCGCGAAGAUUGCACACAAGACCAAACGACUACACGGCCCAACACGCUCUUGGAUGAUGCUGAUGAUAUACAGAGGCAAUUGGACAAUGAAGUACGCGAUCGACUUCAAUAUGGGCAGCCGAAGACCAUUUGGGUGUUUCAUUUACCAACGCAAUUUCCUGAGGUGGUGACUAGUCCUUCUAAUCUGGUGAAACGAUUUCACACCUUUUCCAAGACCAAACACAAAAAGCAAACAAAGGAGAACGAAAAAGAUCAACAUAAAUGGUAUCAAGAUUAUCCCGAAUGCAAUGGCCGAUCACAAUCACCCAUUAACAUACCAACAAAGGGACUAAUAACGGCCAAACAUAGUCGAAGCCUAGUCUUCGCUAAUUAUGACUUACGUCCUCACAGUUAUUAUAUACGUUACAACAGAGACCGUUUUAUUCUAUUCGGAUUCUGGGAUCCAAACCACAGACCAAUGGUUUAUGGUGGAGCUGGUCACAGUCGCCGCUACCUCUUCCAUUCUAUGACCUUACGCUGGCCCUCAGAGCACAAGAUAGAAGGAGUACAAUGCCCUCUCGAGACACAGGUGUUACACAUCUCGGCGGAGUAUAGAACUAUGAGAGAUGCAAUUGCCGCCUCUCCCAGAGAUCGUUUGGCAUUCCUUGGGAUUGUUAAUCUAUUUAUGUAUCAGAACACUACUCAACGCGGUGUUAAAGAAGUAAUUAUGGCUAUGAAGACUAGAACGUUAAAUUCUAGUAUUCUUCAAUACCCCCUGAGUUUCUUCAAUCCGCCGUUCAAGAAAUACGCAUGCUAUCAAGGUUCGCUGACGGCACCGCCAUGCACAGAGGCUGUGUUAUGGCUCAUAAGAGCUAAAAGUUUACCGAUCACGCGGCACGAAGCUCGGUCCUUGCAAAACCUUAUGACAGAAGAGUACCAAGGGAGUCACCUGCGGCAAACACAACCGUUGAAUGAUCGCAAGAUAUAUCUGUUUAACUAA